AUGCGUGCUACCCUCGCUCUUACCGCCCUUUUGGGCCUGUCAAAUGCCGCUGCCAUUGAGCCUCGCCAAUCUCGUGAGACCAAGCUCUACAAGAUCGAGCUCGGACCUGAUGACGUCCGCACUGUCACCGAAGCGGAGAAGUGGGCAUUGAGAGCUGAAGGCAAGCACUUCAUCGACGUGACUGACCUUGACGAAGUCGGUUUCAGUCUUCAGUUCCUCGCCAGCUUCCCUAGCGCUGUCGCUCAGUCCUCUGCCGUCAAGGCUUUGUUGCCUAAGCUGAGCCAGGCUAACCUUCGCACCACUCUGACGACCUUCUCCAACUUUUACAACAGAUACUACACAUCUGCCUAUGGAGAACAGUCCGCCGAUUGGUUGUUCCAGCAGGUUGAGUCCAUCAUCUCUGCCAGUGGAGCCAAGGGUGUCAAGGUUGCCAAGUUCAAACACACUUGGCGUCAGCCCAGUAUCAUCGCUACUAUCCCCGGAAAGAGCGAUUCUACUAUCGUUGUUGGUGCUCACCAAGACUCCGUCAACACUCGCAGCCCUUCUGCUGGUCGCGCUCCCGGUGCUGAUGACGAUGGAUCUGGAACUGUCACUAUUCUCGAGGCCUUCCGUGUCCUCUUGAGCGACUCGCGUGUUGCAUCUGGUCAAGCCCCCAACACUAUCGAGUUCCACUGGUACUCGGGUGAAGAGGCCGGUCUUCUCGGCAGUGGCGCCAUCUUCAACCAGUACAAGCGUGAGGGUCGUCCCGUCAAGGCCAUGCUCAACCAGGACAUGACUGGUUACGUCAAGCCUGGUACCAAGGCCGUUGCCGGUGUCAUCACUGAUAACGUUGAUGCUGGUCUGAGCGCCUUCCUCAAGAAGGUCAUCGUUGCUUACUCUUCUCUUCCUGCUGUCGACUCCAAGUGUGGUUACGGAUGCUCCGAUCACGCUUCUGCUACACGAGCCGGUUACCCUGCAGCUCUUGCUUUUGAGUCUACCUUUGAGAACAGCAGCCCUUACAUACACUCUGACAAGGACACCAUUGACACUGUUAACUUCAGCCACAUGCUCGAGUUUUCCAAGAUUGUCACUGGAUUUGCCUACGAGCUUGGAUUUGCCACAAACCUGUAG